AUGGCCUCUAACUCUGAUCUUGGAGUCGUUCUGGUCGUCGGCGGCUGUGGCUACCUAGGCUCCAAUCUGGUCAAGAUGCUACAGGAAGAGCCAACAUGCACAGCUAUUCACGUUAUCAGCCGGACACCGACCCAGAACCUGCAUCCAGGCGUCACCUACCAUGCAGGAGACAUCAGCGAUGCCCGGCAGGUGGCUGACCUCUUCACAAAAAUCAAUCCACGUGUCGUCUUCCACACCGCCUCGCCGAAAGACAUUGCCCCAGAAUCUCUUCUGCGCAAGACGAAUAUAGAGGGCACACGCAACCUCCUCAAGGCUGCUCGUGAAACGAAGAGCACGCGCGCUUUUAUCUACACCGGCUCAGACUCUGCGCUUGAGCAAAUGCCCGGAGUCAAACAGACAGAGGAAACCGCCAAGCUCUACACUGAGCGCAGCAAAGAUGCCAAUCCAUACGCCAAAUCCAAAGCCAUUGCCGAUGCUGAGGUGCAGGCUGCGAACACAUCGCUGACCCUGACCACCGCUGUCAUACGCAUCCCUGGACUUUAUGGCGAGAAUGACGAUAACUGCGUGGGCACGUUGCUGGAGACAAUCACAAGAGGCGAACACAACGUGCAGGUCGGCGAUAACAAACCAAUCUUUGAAUUUGUCUACGUCAAGAAGGCCUGCGAAGCACAUAUUCUGGCAGCCAAACGAAUACUCGAGGGUCGUCUCAACGGCGGCCAAGCUUUCUUUAUUUCCGACGGCGUCAGUCUUCCCUACUUUGAUUUUGCGCGGAAAUUGUACGCUGGCGCCGGUCAUCUGGUUCCGCCAGAUCAAAUAAAAGUCAUGCCGCUCUGGCUCGUGGUUGGUAUCGCGAAACUUGGUGAAUGGCUCUACUGGGCUUUUACUUUCAAUACAAAAUUUCCGAAAAUGCGCAGUCAGCGCAUUAGAUACCUUGCUGGUGGUUGCCAAUGGGAUGUGAGCAAGGCAAGGGAACAGCUGGGCUACGAGCCGGUGACAGACCAAGACGCAGUUCUCAAGAAGGUUGCGCAAGCGGAAAGCAUACGCUUAGGCAUUAAGAACAAGAGGAUACCAACUGCCAUCAACAUGGGGCAUCAUGCACAAGGUCAAAUCGAGCGUAUUCUUGACCGAGGUCGCUCAUUGGUCGAUCUCUCCGCUGAUGGUGUUAUUGAGCUGAGGCGUCACUCUGAGCAGUCUAUUGCUAUCGACAAGUUCAAGGUCUCUUCUGCAUAUAACGACAUCCGCGGGGGCCCAGGAUGGAUUCAUGAAGAUGCAGCUGCCUUGAUUGGUAAAUUUCUAGGGCUAUUACGAGACAGGUUGAGUGCCGCUACUGACUCGCGCUACUUCUUGACUGGAAGCAAAAAUUGUUUAUUGGCCGGCGAAUCCGACUGCUCUUCAAAACAAGCAGAUGCGUCUCUCAUGAAGUCUGGAACUAAAUGGCCAGUUGUGGCUCUUGAAGUUGGCAUUUCUGAGACUACGACGAAGCUCUAUGAUGAUGCAAAUCGAUGGUUAAAAGGCAGCAGUGGUCAAACCAAACAUGUUAUACUUGUCGAUGUUCAGGAGAAAGGGAGACCGGAUACUUCGAACGACAAGUGGGAUCUAUCUGAGGUUGACUUUCUGGAGACCCGUCGUGACAGGCUCUCUGAUCAUAUACUCCAAUGGUAUCAGUCUCAGGGAAUUCAGCUUGUUGGUAACUUCAAGCUAUCUGUACAUUUAUGGUACAGUGACAAAUACAGGCAAUGUAUCCUGAAUGAGGCCGCCUUUUCACCAGGCAAAUUAAUCGACCUAACAACCAUCCAGGAUGCUCCUUUUGAGAUUGGACUAUCUCAUGCCUGA